UAUUUCCUCUACGAUACAGAUUCAUCAUUUAUCUAUUAACACAUAAUUCCGAGUUUAAUUCGAACGAGAUAAAAAGUUUCCAGAAAAUGAUGGGGAUAUUUUCGGCGUUCAUCUUUACCAUAAUUUUCUGCGGAUGUUCUGCCAUCAGUCAGAGCGAGGAUGACGAUGUCGGUGAAAGUUCUCCAUACGGCAGCAUUUACAGCGGAAGUGGAAGACACCAAGGGGGGUCACAUGCCCACUUUGACACGCCCUUAUUUUCCUCCCCUUUUAAUCCCAACGGCAACGGUGGAGGAAGAUUUGUGUCCAGCAACAAUCACUUCAUUCACAGGAACUCCUUUCCCUCGAGAAAUUCGUAUCAGUUUAAUGCCAACGACGACGACGACGAGGAUGGCGAUCAGGAAAGCGGUUAUGGCGCUGGAACAGGAUAUAGUUCAAAGAAUCAGCAAGUAUUGGGGGAUAAUGGUUCUUCUAAAAUUAACAAAAUUCACAAAUUCGUCUCCAUCCAUGUCGCUCCUCCAGAAGACGAAUCUCAACAAGAGAAACCAAAACCGAUAAAACCUCCUCAAAAACAAGAGAAGCAUUAUCAAAUCGUUUUCAUAAAAGCACCUUCAACCUCACCUCAAGAACCGCAGGAGGUUCAUCUCCCUCCCUCACCGGAAACCAAGACGUUGGUCUACGUCCUAUUGAAGAAGAAUGCGCUCAACGACAUGGUGCGGAUCAAAGGAGCUCCAACGCCCAAGCCGACGCCACCUCAAGUGUUUUUCAUCCGGUAUAAAGGACAGAGUGAGAACGGGAAGGAGGGUGAUGGUGAUAAUCACUCGUCUGGAGAGUACAACAAUGGAGAUGGAAACAAUUUUUCAGAUUCUGAUGAUCCCGAAGAAGAAUAUGGAGUACCGUUUCGGCAGUGAUUGUGGUUUUGGUCAAUCUGUAAAUUUAAAAUGAUAUUAUAAGUUGAGUAGAAAUUUAAAGAGAAAUAAAUAAAGUAUGUUAGAAAGUGGA